AAGAGCAUCUACAACGCUGUCAAAUACAUCUGCCAGCGGCCUGCCGACCUCAAGAAGUUCUUCAUUCCCACUGUCAACCGAGGCAAGACGGUCUGGCCGAAGACCCAGGCGGACUUGCUCAAGUACGGCGUCCGAUGGGAUUACGAUGGCAAGGAGUACCAUAAGUAUCAGCUGCAGCCAAAUGCUGGCAAAAUCCCUUCCUCUAUCAAACAGUGGCGCGAGAAGAACGGCGGGACUCAUGCGGUCAUGACCACUCUAUACAUUCCCAAGGGCUUCGAGCCCGAGGCGGAGGUUUUUGAACAAGCGAUGGAG